GUGCUCUCGCGGUAUUUGUCCCGACUCUCGCGGGGUUUAGCGUGGCACUGGGAGGCCGGCCCGGGGGAGGGGGUGGUGGUCCGUUAGUGGCGUUGGGCUCCGGCCGCCGCCGUGGCAGCAUAUUCUCCUCCGCUCACAGAGAGCUGCUCAGGCUGGAGGCCAACCAGCUCUUGUCGCCGCCUCGGUCGCGAUGGGGGCACAGGACCGGCCGCAGUGCCAUUUCGACAUCGAGAUCAACCGGGAGCCGGUUGGUCGCAUUAUGUUUCAGCUCUUCUCAGACAUAUGUCCAAAAACAUGCAAAAACUUCCUUUGCCUAUGCUCAGGAGAGAAAGGCCUUGGGAAAACAACUGGGAAGAAGUUAUGUUACAAAGGUUCUACAUUCCAUCGUGUGGUUAAAAACUUUAUGAUUCAGGGUGGGGACUUCAGCGAAGGUAAUGGAAAAGGCGGAGAAUCAAUUUAUGGUGGAUAUUUUAAAGAUGAAAACUUUAUUCUCAAACAUGACAGAGCGUUCCUUUUGUCAAUGGCAAAUCGAGGGAAACAUACCAAUGGUUCCCAGUUUUUCAUUACCACAAAACCUGCUCCACACCUGGAUGGGGUUCAUGUCGUCUUUGGAUUAGUUAUUUCUGGUUUUGAAGUAAUCGAACAGAUUGAAAAUCUGAAAACGGAUGCCGCAAGUAGACCUUAUGCAGAUGUGCGAGUUAUUGAUUGUGGGGUGCUUGCCACAAAAUCAACAAAAGAUGUUUUUGAGAAAAAAAGGAAGAAACCAACUCAUUCAGAAGACUCGGAUUCCUCUUCCAAUUCCUCUUCCUCUUCAGAAUCUUCUUCAGAAAGUGAAAUUGAACAUGAGAGAAGCAGAAGAAGGAAACAUAAGAGGCGGCUAAAAGUUAAACAUUCUAAAAAGAGACGAAAGGAAGCAAGCAGUUCAGAAGAGCCAAGGAAUAAACAUAUAAUGAGCCCAAAAGGUCACUCCGAGAGGAGUGAUACCAACGAAAAAACGUCAGUUGAUUCAAAUGCUAAAAGAGAAAAGCCUGUGGUCCGCCCGGAGGAGAUUCCUCCAGUUCCUGAGAACCGAUUUUUACUGAGAAGAGAUAUGCCUCUUGUCAACGUGGAACCUGAACCGAAGAUUCCUGAUGUUACACCUGUUGUAAGUGAUCAAAAACCAUCUGUAUCAAAAUCUGGACGGAAGAUUAAAGGAAGGGGCACAAUUCGUUAUCACACUCCUCCAAGAUCAAGAUCAUGUUCUGAAUCAGACGAUGAUGAUAGCAGUGAAACUCCUCCUCACUGGAAAGAAGAAAUGCAGAGAUUAAGAGCGUACAGACCACCUAGUGGAGAAAAAUGGAGUAAAGGAGAUAAAUUAAGUGACCCCUGUUCGAGCCGAUGGGAUGAGAGAAGCUUGUCCCAGAGAUCCAGAUCGUGGUCCUAUAAUGGAUAUUAUUCAGACCUUAGUACAGCAAGACACUCCGACGGUCACCAUAAAAAACGCAGGAAAGAGAAAAAGGUUAAACAUAAAAAGAAAGCUAAAAAGCAGAAGCGUUGCAGAAGACACAAGCAGACCAAGAAGAGAAGGAUUAUUGUACCAUCAGACAUAGAAUCCUCAAAAUCUUCCACCCGACGAAUGAAAUCCUCUUGUGAUAGAGAAAGGCGAUCUCGUUCUUCCUCAUUAUCAUCUCAUCACUCAUCAAAGAGGGACUGGUCUAAAUCUGAUAAGGGUGACCAGAGCUCUUCAACCCAUUCCAGCAGAGACUCCUACAGAUCUAAAUCUCACUCGCAGUCUUAUUCUAGAGGAAGCUCAAGAUCACGGACUCCAUCAAAAUCCUCAUCACAUUCUCGAAGUAGAUCAAAAUCCAGAUCCACUUCCAAGUCAGGGCACCAAAGGACAGCAUCAAAAUCACCAAGACGAACAACCUCUCAGUUAACUGAAAAUAAACCAGUUAAAACGGAACCUUUGAGAGCAACAGUGCCACAAAAUGAAAAUGUCGUAGUACAACCAGUGGUAGCGGAAAAUAUUCCCGUAAUACCGUUGAGUGACAGUCCCCCUCCUUCAAGGUGGAAGCCGGGACAGAAGCCCUGGAAACCCUCUUAUGAGCGAAUUCAGGAAAUGAAAGCUAAAACAACCCAUUUGCUGCCCCUCCAAAGCACUUACAGUUUAGCAAAUAUCAAAGAUGCUGGAAGUUCAUCAUCCUACCAUAAAAGAGAAAAAAAUUCAGAAAGUGAUCGGAGUGCUUAUUCAAAAUACAGUGAUAGAAGCUCAGAAAGUUCACCAAGGUCAAGGAGCAGAUCUUCUAGGAGUAGAUCUUAUUCCAGAUCAUACACAAGGUCACGAAGUCUAGCUAGUUCACAUUCAAGAUCUAGGUCUGCCUCAUCCAGAUCUCAUUCACGAAAUAAAUACAGUGAUCGUUCACAGUGUAGUAGAUCAUCGUCAUACUCUUCUGUUAGCAGUGAUGAUGGAAGACGUGCCAAGAGAAAAUUUAGAUCCAGUGGGAAAAAGAGUAACACUUCAAAUAAGAGGCACAGCAGCAGCUCUGAGAAGAGACUUCGCAAUAAGUAUGUGAAAAGCAGAGACAAGUCUUCGAGUCAGAGGAAGUAUAGUGAAAGCAGGUCAUCUUUAGAUUAUUCUUCGGACAGUGAACAGUCAAGUAUUCAGGUUACACAGUCAGCCCAGGAAAAAGAGAGGCAAGUCCAAAUGGAAAUGAACAAUAAGCAAGAGAAAAACAGAGAUGAAGAGAAAUCCAAGCCUGAACAGGAAUGCCCUCGUUCAAAGAAAAGGGCCUUGAAAGAGAAUCUUUCUGAUCACCUUAGAAAUGGCAGUAAGCCCAAAAGGAAGAAUUAUGCUGGGAGUAAAUGGGACUCUGAGUCAAACUCUGAACGAGAUGUAACUAAAAACAGUAAAAAUAUUUCCCGGCCAUCUUCUGAUAAGGAGGAAGGUGAAGCUACGUCAGAUUCUGAGUCAGAGUUUGGUGAAAUUCACAGCAAAGCCAAACCCCCAACAAAGUCUUCGGCAGGUACUUCGUUGCCUGAUGGUAAUGGUGCUUGGAAAUCAAGUAAGCAGCGGUCUUCAACCUCCGAUUCCGAGGGGUCCUAUUCCAAUUCAGAAAACACUAGAAGAAAGGCACGGAAGCACAAACACGGGUCAAAGGAAAAUCUUAGACGGGAACAGACCAAAAAAGCAAAGGAGAAACUGAAAGGGAAAAAAGACAAAAAGCACAAGGCUCCAAAACGAAAACAGGCAUUUCACUGGCAGCCUCCCCUGGAAUUUGGUGAGGAGGAGGAGGAGGAGACUAGUGAGAAACAAGUUACUCAAGAGGCAAAAGAGAAAAAACAAGUUUCUGACAAUAGUGAAACCGUGAAAGAAAACAUUUCGCACACUGAGAGGUCCUGCGAAGAGGGCGGCCUUUCAGGUAAAUGUAAUCCCAUCAUGACUUCAUCAGAUACUGGGCAGCCUACUAAAGAGGAUAGUAAACCGGGUGCUUCUCCCACAGCUUUCAGUCCUGACGAACGGGGAGCCGCUUCUCCCUCCAGCAUUCAGCAUAUUGCAGAAAGGGCCCCAAGCGGAGUGGAGGAUGUGCUGCAGACAGAUGACAACAUGGAGAUUUGCACUCCUGAUAGGAGUUCCCCAGCCAAGGAGGCAUCCCCUGUAGGAAAUUCAAGGCUUGCCACCCCAGACGUAAACGUUGUUCUACAACAGGAUAUGCACCCAGAGCAUCCUGAGACAGAGGAGGGAAAACAGGAAAGCAAAACGAUGGGGGAUGUGGGGAAGCGGGACAGCAGCCCUGCUAGCCUGGCCAGCGCCGUAGAAAGCGCCGUGAAGAGAGAGGCGGCUGAGAAGAGCCAGAUGGGCCUCCUGGAUAACAAAUGGAAGCCCCUGCAAGGGGUGGGGAACCUGGCAGCACCGACGGCCCCCACGGCCAGCGCCACAGAGGUGAAGGCGUUGACUGCUGCGCCUGAGGUGAAGCCACAAGGCUUGAGGAUAGAAAUUAAAAGCAAAAAUAAAGUUCGGCCUGGGUCUCUCUUUGAUGAAGUAAGAAAGACGGCACGCUUAAACCGGAGGCCAAGGAAUCAGGAGAGUUCAAGUGAUGAGCAGACACCUAGUCGGGAUGGAGAUAGUCAGUCCCGGAGUCCAAGCAGAUCUCGAAGUAAAUCUGAAACCAAAUCUAGACACAGAACACGGUCUGUCUCCUACAGUCACUCAAGAAGUCGAUCGCGAAGUUCCACAUCAUCUUAUCGAUCAAGAAGCUAUUCUAGAAGUCGGAGCAGAGGAUGGUACAGCAGAGGCCACACAAGAAGCCGGAGCAGCUCCUACCGCAGUUACAAAAGUCAUAGGACAUCCAGCAGGAGCAGAUCCAGGAGCAGCUCAUACGACCCCCAUAGUCGGUCCAGGUCCUGCACUUACGAUAGCUACUACAGCAGGAGUCGGAGUCGCAGCAGAAGCCAGAGGAGUGACAGUUACCGCCGAGGCAGAAGGUACAGGCGAUCGAGGAGCUGUAGAUCCUAUGGCUCUGACAGUGAAAGUGACCGAAGUUACUCUCAUCACCGGAGCCCCAGUGAAAGCAGCACAUACAGUUGAAAAUGUCCCCUUUUUUGAUACAAAUUAUAUCUUAUUUGUAAAUAUCUGGUAACUUAAAAGUUUAAGAAACUUAAUGGCAGUCUGUUGUUCUAUUUCAACAUUAGAAAUAAGUUU